AGAAAAGUGAAUAAAAAGAGCGCAAGUUGUGAAGAUGGAUUCAAGCGUGCAAAAAAGUCAGCUUAUAUACACCCACCGCCCCAACGAAACCAAACAAUUGAGAAAUAAAAUUUGAAUUUCCCCCAAAUCACAUGAAUCUGUAAAGAUGGACGCCGUGAAGCGCAGAGCCGUGAAAACCCUAGUGGGGAAGCUCACCUCCGUGUCGGAGCAGACCCGCACGGAGGCCAUCUGCGAGCUCCGGCUCCUGUCGAAGAACGACCCCGAGACCCGCCCCCUGAUCGCCGACGCCGACGCCGUCCCCCUGAUCGCCGAGUCGCUCUACUCCCCGUCCCCGAUCCUCCAGGAGAACGCCGCCGCGGCGCUGCUCAACCUCUCCAUCUCCUCCAAGGACCACCUCAUCUCGUCGCGCGGCGUCCUCGACGCGCUCUCCCACGCGCUCCGGCACCCGGCGACCCCCUCCGUGGCGCAGUGCUCGGCCGCGGCGAUCUUCAGUUUGCUGAGCGUGGAGUCGUUCCGGCCGAUCAUCGGGCACAAGCGCGACAUCAUAUUCGGGCUGGUGGAGAUCGUGCGCGGGCAGGGCUCGGCGGCGCGGUCGAUCAAGGACGCGCUGCGGGCGCUGUUCGGGGUGGCGCUGUACCCGCUCAACCGGGCGCAGAUGGUGGAGCUCGGGGCGGUGCAGGCGCUGUUCUCGCUCGUGGUCAAGGACGGGAGGGUGGGGCUGGUGGAGGACGCCACGGCGGUGAUCGCGCAGGUGGCGGGGUGUGAGGAGAGCUGGGAGGUGUUUCGGAAGGUGUUGGGGAUUGAGAUGCUGAUGGAUCUGCUGGACAAUGCGACGGGGUCGAGCGCCCGGACCAAGGAGAAUGCGGUGGCGGCGCUGCUCAAUCUGGUGCACUGUGGAGGGGAGGAGGUGGCGAGGGACGUGAGGGGGAAGCUGGAGCCCAGGGUGCUUGAGGGGAUUGGGGAUAUUGUGCAGACCGGGAGCGACAAGGGGAAGGCCAAGGCAAGCGCCUUGUUGAAGAUUCUUGAUGCUUCUUAUUGACCCUUUUCCUCUAAUUAUCUUGUUUUCUAGAUACUUGUUCAUAUCUUCUGAAUUCAAUUCGGAUUUUGUUGUUUGUACAUUCUUGUUAUUUUAGAUGGACUUCUUCUUGUGAGUUGAAAUUUGGAAGACAUGAUCUUUUUCUGCGCACAA